GAGAGGAUCUGUCAAAUGCGAGGUUCCUUUAAUAAGAGCGAUCAGUCCGGCUCCGAGAGUCAUGGCGACCGCAGCGUCUAACCACUACAGCAUCCUCACCUCCAGCGCAUCCAUCGUGCACUCGGAGCCCGGCAGCAUGCAGCAAGCCACGGCGUACCGGGACGCACAGAGCCUGUUGCAGAGCGACUACCCGCUGCAGAGCAACAGCCACACUCUUAGCCACGCACACCAGUGGAUCACGGCGCUGUCCCACGGAGAGGGAGCACCGUGGUCCUCCAGCCCGCUCGGCGCUGAGCAGGACAUCAAACCCGCGGUGCAGGGCACGCGGGACGAAAUGCACAGCUCCAACAACAACCUGCAGCACCAAUCACGGCCGCCCCACCUGGUUCACCAGACGCACGGGAACCACCACGACGGCCGGGCGUGGAGAACCACAACCGCAGCGCACAUACCGAGCAUGGCGACAACAAACGGCCAAAGCCUUAUUUACUCCCAGCCGGGUUUCAGCGUCAACGGGCUGAUCCCGGGCAGCGGGCAGGGGAUGCACCACCACAACCUCAGAGAUACUCAUGAGGACCACCACAGCCCGCACCUCAGCGAACACGGCCACCCUCCGUCCCAGCACCAGCACCGGCCACAGAGUCACCACGACCACUCGGACGAGGAUACGCCGACCUCGGACGACUUGGAGCAGUUCGCCAAGCAGUUCAAACAGCGGAGGAUCAAGUUGGGCUUCACGCAGGCGGAUGUGGGACUCGCCCUGGGGACCCUGUACGGAAAUGUGUUUUCCCAAACCACCAUAUGCAGGUUUGAGGCCCUGCAGCUCAGCUUCAAAAACAUGUGCAAGCUGAAGCCUCUGUUGAACAAGUGGCUGGAAGAGGCGGACUCCACCUCGGGCAGCCCGACCAGCCUGGACAAAAUCGCGGCGCAGGGGAGGAAAAGAAAAAAACGGACUUCAAUCGAGGUAAGCGUAAAAGGAGCUUUGGAGAGCCAUUUUUUGAAGUGCCCUAAACCGGCAGCGUCGGAAAUAAUCACACUGGCGGACAGUCUUCACCUGGAGAAAGAAGUGGUGAGGGUUUGGUUUUGUAACAGGAGACAGAAGGAGAAACGCAUGACCCCUCCCGGAGGAGCGCUGCCGGGGAGCGAGGAUGUGUACGGGGACACGCCGCCGCACCACGGGGUUCAGACCCCGGUCCAAUGAACUCUGCUGGACCGCUCCUCCAGGACUUGUUUAUCCUUUUUUAUUUAUCCCUAAGGUUAUAUAUAAAUCACUGGACUAUGAAACGAUCUAGUGAGUGUUUUAUGUAUAAUAGACUGCAGUGAGUACUUGCACAAUAUCUGCAGCAAAUAUCUGAGAAAUGGAAAAUGAUUUAGAGAGGGGGGAGGACAGGACAUUUUUUUAUAGCUCCCCCAGAGCUAAAGGAACAGACGCCUGUUUGUGUUCUCCAAGGAUACAUGCCCAGCACUGUGACUACAGUCGACGCAGUUUCAAGGUGUAGCCCCCUAUUGUGUACUGAAAAUUGUACUUAACGAGGAAAAAAAAGAAAAGAAAAAGGGAAAAAAAGAAGGGAGGGGAAAGAGGUUUUUAGAAAAAAUAAAAAAAUUUAAAAAAGCAUAGCAGAAUAGUUUCCAUUCCCCAUUUUGGUUUUCUUUCAAAUCCAACAUUUUGUUGCUGUGUGUGGAAGAAAAAAGCAAAGCCGUGUUAGUUUUGUAGCUCCAAAAUUGUGCGUCAAGCAAGUGAAUGGGUGCGCGUGGUGCAGUGAGGGGGUUAAAAGGAGCUACGUUGAUGGAGUAAGCUGGAGGCCGGUAAAGGCUGCAGCCCCCUGUCCAGUGGAGUCCAGCUGAGGGUGAGCAUCGUCUGAGUCCCAUCUGUCAGCCUGACAGGCAUCACAGCGCCGCUGGGAACCUGCAGGCCUAUUAAUAUUCUACAACUUUAUUAUUAUUAUUAUUAUUAUUAUUAUUAUUAUUAUUAUUAUUAUUAUUAUUAUUAUUACACGUGCAGCAUAUUAGCUAAACUUUCCAUUGAUUGGUCUGCGUUCAGUAAAUUGGAAAAUAAGAGCAUGACCUCUACAAUCAGCAGUAUAAACAGGAAGUCUAUUCUGUUCUUUUGUUUUAUUAUUAUUGUUAUUAUUAUUAUUAUUAUAUUUUUUGUUUGCUUUUUUUUUUCCACACAAGUGUAUCAUCUUAUCUCCUCCCUCAGAGGGUCUUCCUGCUCCAGGGAGGGCUCCGUGGCGACUAUGUGGCACUUUCCCACAACAAGAUGGGCUCUAGAUAUUUCCACAAAGGAAUAUGAUGGCUGACAGCAGCUCAUCCACUUCUGUAAAUAUUGUAUAACUUUAAAAGUCAUGGCUUCAUUCCUUUUAGUUUUUUAUUUUCUCCAACUUCACAUGGGCACUUUUCUUCUUAUUGUUAUUAAGGGUUUCAAAAACAAGCAGCUUGAGUUUCAGUCUCAUUUUACAGCCUUGUUGUGUUUGUGUGCUGCUCUUUUUGUUGCCGACGUUCAGCUCAGUCGCAGUUUAGCUGUUUUCUGUCGCGAUUUCUAUUUGUUUUUUGUUUUGUUUUGUUUUGUUU